GUGGGCCAUUUGGGGAACGGCGAAACAUGGCAGGCAGGUACCUCACCUCACCGUGCGUGGAGGUAACAUCCGGACGGCUGCACACAGCCAGGGCAGUCCGUCACUCUCAGGCUCUUGCUCUGGCUCGGUCUCGGCUGGCGGUGCCCCGGGCCAAAAACACCUCUUCUCCUCCACCGGGCGAACACAAUUCUUCCUUUCUUUUAAUACUCUGUCCUCCCCUCUCGUCCCCUCGAGAGCGUCUCUUCUCUUUUGUGCUUCCUCUUCCCUGUGAUACCCCCCCAGACCCUCUCCCCUCAAUUGGACGUCUCAUACUCGUCCUCCCUCCACCACAAUGCUUGCCUCUCGACAGGUUCUGGGCAAUGUUGCCCGGAGCCGUGCCUUUGCUGGCGCCGCCUCGGGCAUCCGCCGCAUGGCUAGCAUCUCCGACAGCCCUCUGGACCGCAAGGUCCGCCAGAACAACUGGGAGGAUAACAACUUCAUCAACUACAAGAAGAUGUCGGAGAACAUCGACAUUGUCCGCGCUCGCCUUAACCGACCCCUGACCUACGCCGAGAAGAUUCUCUACUCUCACUUGGAUGAUCCUCAUGGUCAGGAGAUCGAGCGUGGUACCUCCUACCUCAAGCUCCGACCUGAUCGUGUUGCUUGCCAGGAUGCCACCGCCCAGAUGGCCAUCCUCCAGUUCAUGUCCGCUGGCAUGGAGUCCGUUGCCAACCCCAGUACCGUUCACUGCGAUCACUUGAUUGAGGCUCAGUCCGGUGGCGCCCAGGAUCUUGCCCGUGCUAUCGACAUCAACUCUGAGGUCUACAACUUCCUGGCCACUGCCUGUGCCAAGUACAACAUUGGUUUCUGGCGCCCCGGCUCCGGUAUCAUCCACCAGAUUCUCCUCGAGAACUAUGCUUUCCCCGGCGGUCUCCUCAUUGGCACUGACUCUCACACCCCCAACGGUGGUGGUCUUGGUAUGGCCGCUAUCGGUGUCGGAGGUGCUGAUGCCGUCGAUGUCAUGGCCAACCUUCCCUGGGAGCUCAAGGCCCCCAAGGUCAUCGGUAUCAAGCUGACUGGCCAGCUCAACGGCUGGGCCGCUCCCAAGGACAUUAUCCUCAAGGUCGCUGAUAUCCUGACCGUCAAGGGUGGCACUGGCGCCAUCGUUGAGUACUUCGGUGAGGGCGUGCAGACCUUCUCUUGCACAGGCAUGGCCACAAUUUGCAACAUGGGUGCUGAAAUUGGUGCCACUACCUCGGUGUUCCCCUUCAACGAACGCAUGUACGACUACCUCGCGGCCACUAAGCGAACUGAGAUCGGUGACUUCGCCCGCACCUACGCUCACGGUCUUCGACCUGACGAGGGCGCGGAAUAUGACCAGUAUAUCGAGAUCAACAUGUCGGAGCUCGAGCCCUACAUCAACGGUCCCUUCACCCCUGACCUGGGCACCCCCAUCUCCAAGUUCAGCCAGGCCGUCAAGGACAACAACUGGCCCGAGGAGCUCAAGGUCUCUUUGAUCGGCUCUUGCACCAACUCCUCGUACGAGGAUAUGUCCCGUGCCGCCUCUAUUGCCCGCGAUGCCCUCAACCACGGUAUCAAGUCCAAGGCUGCCUUUGUUGUGUCUCCCGGUUCCGAGCAGAUUCGCGCCACCAUUGCCCGCGAUGGUCAGCUCCAGACCUUCGAGGAGUUCGGUGGCAUUGUCGUUGCCAACGCCUGCGGUCCCUGCAUUGGCCAGUGGGAUCGUCGUGAUGUCCCCAAGGGCACUCCCAACUCCAUCAUCUCCUCCUUCAACCGAAACUUCACUGGCCGAAACGACGGUAACCCCGCCACUCACUCUUUCGUUGCCUCUCCUGACAUGGUCGUUGCCAUGGCUGUCGCUGGCUCUCUUCACUUCAACCCCUUGACCGACACCCUCAAGGACAAGGACGGCAACGACUUCAAGCUCGCUGCCCCUACCGGCGAUGGUCUUCCCGCGCUUGGUUAUGACCCCGGUAACGACACCUACCAGGCUCCUCCCAAGGACCGCGCCAGCGUCCAGGUCGAUGUCGCCCCCACCUCCGACCGUCUCCAGCUCCUCUCCCCCUUCAACGCCUGGGACGGCAAGGACGCUCUUGACCUCCCCAUCCUCAUCAAGGCUAAGGGCAAGACCACCACUGAUCACAUCUCCAUGGCUGGUCCCUGGCUCAAGUACCGUGGUCAUCUCGACAACAUCUCCAACAACAUGUUGAUCGGCGCCAUCAACGAGGCCAACGAGGAGGCCAACAACAUCCAGAACUACUCCAACGGCGAGUGGGGUGCCGUCCCUGCUGUUGCCCGUGACUACAAGGCCAAGGGCAUCCGAUGGGUCGUUGUUGGUGACUGGAACUACGGCGAGGGUUCUUCCCGAGAGCAUGCCGCACUCGAGCCCCGUCACCUCGGCGGUCUGGCUAUCAUCACCCGAUCCUUCGCCCGUAUCCACGAGACCAACUUGAAGAAGCAGGGCAUGCUGCCCCUGACCUUCACCGACCCUGCCGACUACGAGAAGAUCAAGCCUGAUGACCGUAUUGACCUCCCUUGCACCGAGCUCGAGGUUGGCAAGCCCUUCAUCAUGACCGUUCACCCCAAGGAGGGUGCGGCUUUCGAGGUCCCUCUUUCGCACACCUUCAACGGCCCUCAGAUUGAGUGGUUCAAGAACGGUAGCGCUCUUAACACCAUGGCCAAGAACAGCAAGAAGAACUAAAUAUGGGAAGCAAUGGAUCGAGAUGAGGAAUGAUUCGGGUUACAAUGGCGUAUAAGAGGGGACCUACAUGAAGGACAGUGUUGGUUACGCACUGCCGUUUGUCCCAUGUUUUACUUUUUCCACUUGUAGGAACGGGAGGAGCAUAUAGUUUUAUAGGUUGUACAAAAUCAAACAGUUCAAAUA